AUGCUUUGUCUCACAUCGUUGGCUGUUGUACUUGCUUUCAGCACACAGCUCGCUUUCGCAGCCGACGCCAGCAGUGUGAUUGCCAAAUUAUACCAGAUCGGAAACGGCACAGUUCAGAUCACAAAUGACACCGCCGCCUUCACUGGAGGUGUGUCAGGCCUUCCAUACGCACUCCAAGUGCAACAAGACGCAGUCAUUGUACAUGAAUACGCCGAAUUUGGCACCAUGGAAUCCAAUGCCGCUGCACCGUUUGAAGAAGCUUCCAUCGACGUUGCAGAUGUGCUUUUGACUUUGUCAGAUCAAGUCACAAGCACUCUGAAAGGAGUACAAGGCAAGGCGAGCACGUUUGGGGAAUUAGGACCAAUUGUGCUUGCGACCCUGUACCAGUUGAGACUCGACACGAAUGCUCUCGCAAAUGCCACAAUCGCGAAGAUGACGGAGGACAUUCAGGCGAUUGCACCAAUUGCAGUGGAGCAGCUGAACGCGGCAUUCGAUGGUGCGAUUGCGGCUUACGGCGGGAACGUCCCGACAACCGGGUCCAGUAACAAGUAG